AUGUUUGUAGUACCACGCGAAAAUAGAUCUCCACCUCCCCCUGCAAACUUAAUAAAUUUAGAUAAAACUUUUGAAGUAGAGUCUGGCGCUUCUAGAGAUUUAGAAACGAACUACACAACUCUCAACCUAACAACUAGAGCCAGAGCUGAAGUCACUAAAAUCAGAAGGGCAGUUACCGAAUCCCGCAACCUAAGGAGUGACCUAAAACAAAAAAUUCUAGAAUCUACAGACGAACUUAACAUUAUUCUCAAAAAUAUUAAAGAAAGCGCUGUAGGAAACAAACAAUCUCUGCCAUCACCAACCCUACCGACUCGUAGACUGGACCCGGAGAAUGCUCCAACUUCAACCACCAUUCCACCCACCACCAUAGAACAUAAAAUCCUGGAACACCUGAAAGAAAAUAAAGAACUUAUUAAACAACAAACCGAAGAAUUAAAUAAACUUAAAAAAGAAAUUAAAACUAAUAAGCAAGAAAUAAAACAUGACGAAAGCGGAAAAACAAUAAUCGAGGAACUAAACAAUAUGAAUAAAAAACUUAGUGAAAUAGACCAAAAGAUAAUAAAUAUAAAUUUUACUAGCUUAGAAGAAUUGAACCUAGAUACUAUAAAAGAGGAAACAAGGAAUAUUAAUAAGCUACAAGAAAUAAUGAAAGAGCAAAUCAAGAUACUAAAAGAGGAAAGUAAUAAUAUGAAAAGCGAUAACAAUUUGGAGGAACUCAAAACAUUCAUAGACAAAAAACUAACCUAUGCAAACAUUGCCGCAAGACCCAAGGAAACUAAAAUAUCAGAUUUUAAAGAAAAAGAAACGGAGGUUCACUCAAUUAUUGUUAGUCCAAUAAAUGAAAAGGAAACAGGGGAAGAAGUAAUAAAAAGAAUCAGGUCAGCAGUUAAUGCUAAAGAAGAAGGAAUACAAAUAGAAAGAAUAAGAAAAGUUAAAGACGGGAAGACGCAGAACAAAAACGUUACUAACUCAAUCGCGGAGGAGGACUUCAGAGUGAAGGAGAAAUACCGUAGGAGGGCAAGGAAUUCGCAUGAGGAACACGUUGUACUCCAGGUGUCUCCUAAACUCUGGAGUGCUCUUACGGCGGUUGGAAAAGUGCACAUUGACAUGCAAAAAGUCAACGUCGAAGAUCAGUCCCCCGUAAUUCAAUGCACUGGAUGUCUCGGAUUUGGACACGGAAGGAGGAAUUGCGAAAGCAAGGAAUCCGAGAUAUGCAGUCAUUGCGGGGGACAACAUCUCAAGGCCGAAUGUGAAAGAUACUCUGGGGGUUACCCCCCAAAGUGCCACAACUGCGCAAGCUCGAACCUCCAGAGCAUAGAUCACGGAGCCUUCGACAUUAACUGUCCAAUCAGAAGCCGUUGGGAGAAAAUAGCCAGGCAAAACAAACGAACGAUAAUUGGAGGAGACGCUAAUGCUAAAAGUGUAUGGUGGGGUAGUGACAAAACGAAUCAAAGAGGAGAACUAUUAGAAGAAUUACUAGAAGAAUCAAAUAUGAAUAUACUAAAUGAAGGAAACACCCCCACCUUUGAAACGAUAAGAGGCAACACAUUAUAUUCCAGUAUAGUGGACAUUACAGCAUGCACACCCGAAAUGAUGAAUUUGAUUAGUAACUGGGAAGUAAAUAAAGGUAUUGUAAACUCAGAUCAUAAUGCUAUAACAUUCAAAAUAAAACUAGAAGAACAAAGAGGACUUUAUAUAAUAAAUAAUACUAGAAAAUAUAAAACAAAGGGAGCUGAAUGGACAAAGUUCAGUAACGAAUUAAAAGAAAAACUAAAAGACAAUAAUCUAAAUAUAGAACAUUUAGAAACUAUUACUAAUAAAAACAAUUUGGAAAAAACGCUAGAAAACUAUAUAAAAAUGGUUACCGAAGUUUGCGAUACUCAAUUACCUAAGAUAAAAAGAGAAACAAAAAUAAACAUACCUUGGUGGAAUGAGACACUUACCAAUAUGAAGAAAGAUGUAGCAAGAUUAAAAAGGAGAAUAAAAUUUGCCAGACCAACACGAAAAUUACACGUAGUGGAAGAAUACCUGAAAAAGAAAGAAGAAUAUGAAAAUGAAACGGAGAAAGCAAGGACAGAAAGCUGGAAGGGCUUUUGUGGAAAACAAACCAAGGAAGGACUAUGGGAUGGAAUAUAUAAAAUAAUAAGUAAAUCCAGUAAAAGAGGAGAAGAUCAACAAUUGGAAAAGGAAGGAAAACUAUUAACAACACAAGAAUCAGCGCAGUGGCUAGCUGAAACAUUUUACCCUCGAGACACCCAAGAAAAAGAAAAUGAAGAGCAGAAAGAAAUAAGAAGAGAAGCAGAAAUAAUAAAUAGAGUAGAAGAAAAUGAAAAAGAAGACCCAGAAAUUACGAUAGAUGAACUAAUUAGUGUCACUAAUAGUUUUAACCCUAAGAAAGCACCCGGAAAAGAUGGACUGACAGCAGACAUCUGUAAAGAAGCAAUAAAAACUGACCCUACAUUAUUUCUUAAAAUAGUAAACAAAUGUUUAGAACUAGGAUACUUUCCAACACAAUGGAAAGAAGCAACGAUUAUAGUUAUUAGAAAGCCUGGAAAGGAUAAUUAUAAAGUACCAAAAUCCUACAGACCAAUAGGAUUACUGCCAGUAAUGGGGAAAAUUCUAGAAAAAAUCAUCAUCAAAAGAAUAAAUUGGCACAUCAUCCCCAAACUGAGGGAAAAAAUUAGGAGAAAUACCAAUAAAGGAUGCGUUCAGGGAUCAGUUGGAGGACCCGUCCUCUGGAACGUUGUGAUUGACACCCUUCUUCAAACAUUGGAAGAGGAAGGGUGUGAAUCACAAGCCUUUGCGGACGAUGUAGUUCUUUUAUUUGAAGGGGAAAAUGCUAAUGAAAUAGAAAAUCAGGCAAAUAGAAUACUAAAAAUAAUUAACAGUUGGGGAAAUUUAAAUAAACUUACAUUCGCGGCGCACAAAACAAAAGCAAUAGUCUUCACAAACAAAUUAAAAUAUAGAGAUCCGGAUAUAAUAUUUAACAAUACAAAAAUAAAACUAGAGAAAGAAAUUAAAAUAUUAGGACUAACAAUAGAUAGGAAAUUAACUUUUGAAAAUCACGUGAACAAUAUCAUUAAGAAAACAACUAAAUUACAUAACUACGUUAGUAAAGCAGCAAAAGUUAAUUGGGGAUUAAACCCGGAAAUUAUUAAAACCAUUUACACAGCAGUAUUAGAGCCCAUCAUCCUCUACGCUUCACCAGCCUGGGGCGAUGCAGCAAAUAAACUUAGUAUUAUAAAUAAACUUAAACAAAUUCAAAGAAAAUUCGCUAUUAAAAUUAUUAAAGCAUAUAAGACAGUAUCAUAUGAAGCAUCGUUAACAAUAGCUGGCCUUCUGCCAUUGGAUUUAAAAAUUAAAGAAUUAGUAAAAUUAUAUAAAAUCAAAAAGGGAAUAGAGAACGAUUAUAAAGAAUUAGAACCAGAAACAAAAGUAGAUUUUAAAACUAAGCCACACCCUGCAAAAGAGAUUAGAUUAAAAUUUAGAGCCGUAACAACAGAAAAGGAACUAGACAAAAUUGAAGGAAUUAGAAUAUUCACGGACGGUAGCAAGAUUGAAGGAAAAGUAGGGGCCGCGUAUGUAGUAAUAAAAAAUGGAAAAGAGAUCACAAAUAAAAAACUUAAAUUAGGAAACCAGUGCUCUGUAUAUCAAGCAGAAUUGCUGGCAAUAAUAAAAGCUCUUGAAGCGCUCUCACAUGGGACAUGGGAAGAGGAAAUCAACAUCCUCAGUGACUCGCUCUCCUCCAUUAAAGCCAUCACAGAACUAAACUCAAAUCAUCAAUUAGUAUUCCAGAUUAAAAACAAAAUUAGAGAACUGCAAGAUCAAAAUAUAGUAGUAAAAUUAAAUUGGAUAAAAGCGCACGUAGGACUAAUAGGGAAUGAAAGAGCUGAUGAACUAGCGAAAGAGGCGGCACUAAAGUUAAAAACCAAACCAAAUUAUGAAAAAUGCCCAAUAUCUACACUUAAAAGAAUAAUCCGGGAGGAGAGCGUGGAGGAGUGGUGUGACAGAUACAGCACAUCACAGAAUGGAUCUGUCACAAAACUCUUCUUUCCAAGCCCAAAAGUAGCGUUCCACCAUAAUAAAGUUAACACCCACCACCAGCUAAAUACCCAAAUUCUUACGGGACACGGAGCUUUUAGCAACUACUUGCACAAGUAUAAAUGCAAAAAUGACCCGACAUGUGAGUGCGAUGGAAUCACUCCAGAAACAGUUAUUCACUGUCUCAUGGAAUGUCCCAUCCACCAGAUAGAAAGAUGGAACUUACAACAAAUUACCAAUAUAGACAUUAAAUCGGAAAACCUCGAGGACCUGAUCUUACUCAGACCUGAAGAGUUCUUCCGAUUUGCACGCAAAAUAAUUAAAAAAUUAAUUACUAGAAAUAAGAGCUAA